AUUUGUUUUUUGCAUUGCAUGACCAAUUGCUAACGUCAGCAAAAGCCGCAGCCGAGCCAACACAAAGCCAACGGAACAUUCAGGGUCAAUUCUUGUUUAAUUAAAGCUGGUAAACGAAAGGGUGAUAAAGAUCAGAGAUACACACAGCUGGGCUUCAGUGAGCCAAGCCUUCUCGGACGCGCUGAAAGGCAGUCGAUCCGACACGAAAGGCAGGCACGCUAGCUGCGUGUGAGAGGCCUUCGAAGAACGUCAGCACUGAUUGGAGAUGGCGGCUACGCCGGCUAGAGGUCGUGCUGAUUACGAUUACCUUAUCAAGCUUCUUCUCAUCGGCGAUAGCGGGGUAGGAAAAAGUUGUCUGCUAUUACGCUUCUCAGAUGAUUCUUUCACCACAAGUUUCAUUACUACAAUUGGGAUUGACUUCAAGAUUAGGACAGUCGAGCUUGAUGGGAAGCGCAUCAAGCUGCAAAUAUGGGAUACUGCUGGCCAAGAGCGUUUUCGGACAAUUACUACUGCUUAUUACAGGGGAGCAAUGGGCAUAUUGCUAGUCUAUGACGUAACAGACGAAUCAUCCUUCAAUAACAUCAGGAACUGGAUCAGGAAUAUCGAGCAGCACGCGUCUGAUAAUGUCAAUAAGAUUUUGGUCGGUAACAAAGCUGACAUGGAUGAAAGCAGAAGGGCUGUCCCAACAUCAAGUGGUCAGGCAUUAGCUGAUGAAUAUGGUAUCAAAUUUUUUGAAACUCAUUCGAGCAGAGCGCAAAAACAAACUUUAAUGUGGAGCAGGUUUUCUUCACCAUCGCUAGAGACAUUAAGCAGAGACUUGCUGAGACCGACUCUAAAGCAGAGCCUCAAACUAUCAAGAUUAGUAAACCAGAUCUUGCCCAAGGCACUUCUGCUGCUCCAGCAAAGUCAGCAUGUUGUUCUUAAGGUUCAUCAUAUGACAGGAUGGUCAUUCAUUCUCAUUGCUAAUGCCUACAGUCUUGCGAUUUGGGGAGUUGAUUCGGUAUGCUAGCAUAUUCCGUUCCUUGAUUUUCACAUAUCCAGUUGUAAUAUCUCCCAAAACAGUUCAUCUGCGUAAGACCAAGUAUAUCCAUCCUUACUAUGCUUAUAGCAAUUUUAUUUAGGUUGUCUUUCAUUGGUAUGUUCUGAUUUAGUCGGGUCCUGUCAGAUAAAUGUAACUUGAUUGACCAGACUCUGUUUUGAGUAUGAUACCCAAAAUUCUGUUAACAAAUCUUACUAACAUGAUCUA